CCGACAAAGAAUUAGAAACCCAACAAAAUCAACAAAAAAUCACAAACUUAACCAAAAAAAAGGAUAAAUUACAAACCCAAUUAGACUUAGCCACAAAAACUAAGGAACAAUUGGCUGAGGAAUUACAAAAAGAAAAAGGAUGGUUAGACAAAAUUAUUGGUAGUAGUAGUAGUGAUUUUUCUUCUUCUUCUUUAAAAAAAACGGUUAGCGAGGAGGAGAAGAGGGGUGAGUAUCCAGAAAUAGUUUCUCAAUAUCAUUCUUUCGUUGUUUUAAUGAUUUCAUUGGAGAAAACCAUUGGUAUUCCUAUAAAAACACACAAUAAUCUUAAUCAAAGUAAAAUAGUAAAAAUGGAAGAAUACCGGGAAGGCAAAAGCUUUGCUGAAUUGAGAAAAAAUUGGGAAAAAGGUUAUUUUAAACCUGGAUUAUAUCCAGAGUUAGACGCUGAAUUUGAAAAAUUAUUUAGUGCGUGGAAAAAAGAUAUGGAUAAUUUGCCGGUUUUAGAAGAGAUUUCUGUAAUUGUGGUUGGGCUCUGGGUUGG